UGUGCAACCAGAAAACACUCGGAUCAAGAUGGCGUCUUCCAUGGGUGGGAUGUUUCCCGGCCAGCAGCCUCCCGGUGCGCACCCCGUCGGUGGUCCCGGUGGACCGGGUCAGCCGGGCUUCCCCGGUAGCGCUCCCAGAGUACCGGGAAACAACACGCUGGUGGAUGAACUGGAAGCUUCCUUCGAGGCAUGUUUUGCAUCACUGGUAAGCCAAGACUAUGUUAACGGGACAGACCAGGAGGAGAUUCGAACUGGUGUGGACCAGUGCAUACAGAAGUUCCUGGACGUGGCUCGGCAGACAGAGUGCUUCUUCUUACAGAAAAGGCUUCAGCUGUCCGUGCAGAAACCAGAGCAGGUGGUGAAAGAGGAUGUGUCAGAGUUGCGUAAUGAGCUACAGAGGAAGGAGCUGCUGGUUCAGAAACACUUGACCAAGCUGCAUCAUUGGCAACAAGUGCUGGAGGAUGUGAGCCUUCAACAUCGAAAACCUUCAGACCUCCCGCCUCCCGGACCGCUGGCCUUUUUAGAGCAGGCCUCAGCGAGUCUGCCUCCUGCCCCUUUAAAGCCAAACUAACACACCAGAGGUACAGCCACAUUAGGCAAAAAAAAAAAAAAAAAACCAGCCCCACACUCAGAAUGCGCUCAACAGUGAAUGCUGCAAUAAUGACUUUUCCACAAUAUUCUCAUCUGUUUGGUUCACCCAAGAUGAACUCAGACUUGAGAGUGUACCACAACUGGAAAUUUGUGCUUGCAUUCAUCAGUUGUUCAGACGCAUUUUGAAGUUAAAGGGAGAUAAAGGUGAAUAUUUGUGGGACUAAAGUGUAAUAAGACCGUACCUAAACACCAACCACAUGUGACAUCCACUGAAAACCUACAACAAAACUGAAGAACAGUGUGCUGUAUUGUGGAGCUGUGGGCAGUUUUUUCCAGCUCUUUUUCCUGUAUUUUGAUUAAUGUAAAUAUUUUCUCUGCAGACCUUUUUUUUUUUUUUACUGUAAAAAUAAAUUUGCGAGCAUUUUGAAUCUGGA